AUGGCGCGCGAGCUGAGCCAAGCGGCGCUGCUGGAGUUCCUGUGCGGGUCGGGGGGCCGAGCGGGCAACGCCGCCCUGCUGGGCCACUUCGGGCGCUUCCUGCGGGACCCCGAGGCCGGCGCGGAGGAGCUGGGGCGGCGGCGCGAGCGCUUCAAGGGCUUCGUCAACGCCGUGGCCACCGUGCGGCGGGAGGGCCCCGGCGCCGCCAAGGCCGUGGUGGUGCUGCGCAGGAGGUACCGCGAGCUGGUGGGCGAGGAGCCCGGGACCCCCGGCGCCGCCCCAGAGCCCCCGGACACCCUCGACGUGCCCGGCCGGCGCGCACAGCGGCUGGGCCCCGGCGGGGAGCGUCCCGGGCACCGGGCGGAGGAGGCAGGUGAGCGCCCCGCCAGACGCACCUGCAGCCCGGCCCGGGAGCUGCGCGCUGGCCCGGGGCCGGCCUCGCCUGCGCCCGUCCGGGCCACGGGCGCGCCCCCCAGCGGCGACGGCGGCCCCCUCCUCCAGCAAAGGGUUCACGCCUGGGUCGCCAGCGCGCGAGAGGUCGCCCUCCGGCCAGACUGCGCCUUCGAGGGAGGCCCCGCCCGGCCCUCGCCCCCCGGCUCGGCUCAUAGCACCUGCCCUUCACCGGCCCUCGACUCGCCGGAGCGCCGGGCCUCGCCCCUCGGAUCGGCUCACGGCUCCUGCCCUUCACCGUCCCUCGACUCCCAGCUCCGCCGGCCUCCCGGGCUGGAGGAAUGGCCUGAGCACCACCUCAGAUCGGCUCACAGCUCCUGUCCUUCACCGUCCCUCGACUCCCGGCUCGGCCCGCCUCCCGGGCUGGAGGAGUGGCGGGAGCAUCACCUCGUCUUCCGCAGCAUCCGGUGCCAACUCUCCCUGCAGGACCUGGAUGAAUUCCUGGAGCAGGAGAGCCCCGCCAGCGAGGACGGCAGCAGCAGCAGCGCCAGUGGGGGCAGCGACUCCUGUCGGGGGGAAGCGGAGGCCGAAUCUCUGCCCCGUCCUCCCCCCGGGGGUCCCAAUGGCUGCCUCGGAAAUCCGCUGGGGGUUGGCAGGAACGAUGUGGGGAAGAGUCUUUCUGGCAAGCCCCGGGCCAAUGGGCUGGUGGGGCUGUCCGCCGGGGCUAGGGGACCGUUGCCGGGGGGGCCAGUUCCAGGACGCCAGGCCUUGCCAGGCCAGAGGACUUGGGGGUCCUCGUCGGAGGACAAGCUGCUGGAUAAAGACGGCCAGAGGCCGAGCGGGCAAUCGCCAAAGCUCCAAAAGGGGACCCGCCAGCCUCCUCCAAAUCUGGACGCUCCCUUAAGUCCGCACCUAGCCCCCCGGCAAGGCCUCCCAAACAGCGCCCCGGCCGUGGAAGGGUCAAUCCCGGAUGGAGACGGGUCCCCCGAACACAGGUCAUCCUUAGUCCCCUUGGAGCCCCGAGAGCACGCCUGGUUGGUAAAGGUGGCCGCGGGGUCAUGGCUGCAGGUCCGGGCCCUCUUCCUGGAAGACCCCCUCCUCGCCACCCACAAGGACUUCAUUUCGGGCUUCACGGUGCUCCACUGGCUGGCCAAGCACGGCAACACUCAGGUGCUCCUGGAUUUGGUCACGGGGGCCCAGAGGGCGGGCGUGGCCCUCGACAUCAACGUCCGGUCCGGCUGCGGCUACACCCCUUUGCACCUGGCCGCCAUCCACGGCCACCAGCCGGUCAUCCGGCUGCUGGUGCAGAAGCUGCGGUGUCAGGUUCAGGUGCGGGACGGCAGCGGCAAGAGGCCCUGGCAGUACCUGAGCAGCUCCACCUCGGGGGAAAUAUGGCAGCUCUUGGGGGCACCCAAGGGCAAAACCAUCUUCCCGGCCCGCCCAAUCGCCCGGAAUGCCUCUCUGCCCCGGAGAGGGAAGAGUCCUGAGCUGGCGAGGAAAAUCAGCCGGAAAACGUCUUUGGCUGCCUACUUGAAACCUCAACACAUUAAGUGGAAAAUGGCCAACAAGUAUCCGGCGCUGCAGGAGAGGGAGGAGGACAGCGACUGA